AUGAAAAAACACCAGGCUACAAAAGCAUUGAAGUCAAGAUUUGUUCCAGAAUUUUUAGGAUUCCCCCACAUUGAAAGAGAGGUGAUAGAGAGUCACACUCGACCGCUGGCCAAGGAACUGUUUACCAGGACCAUGACAGAGAACCCCGCCAUACUUGUUCUCGACGGAACAUAUAUUUAUGUGCAGAAAAGUGGGAACUUUUCAUUUUCGAGACGAUCCUACAGCCUACACAAACACAGGCCUUUGGUAAAGCUUAUGCUUGUCGUCACAACUACUGGGUACAUUGUUUCGGUGCUAGGUCCGUAUCUAGCCGAUUCGAAGAACAGCGACGCAAAUAUUCUUAAUCACAUGAUCAGGCCAAAUGCUGAACAAAUGAAAGAGUGGGUCAGAGAAGGUGAUAUCUUCGUUGUGGACAGGGGUUUCAGGGACUCGGGUGAAAUACUAAACGACCUUGGUAUAACUAUGGAGAUGCCCACGUUCCUACCUAAAGGGGCCACGCAGCUGCAGACCAAAGAUGCCAAUUGCUCGAGCCGCAAAUUGAAAGUUUUGGCAAGGUCAUCAAAUGAACUUCAAACGCUCAUAAUUGACCAAGGACUAGAUCGGAGAUCAUAUAAAUGGACGCCAUUAGACGCAUCAGAGGCAUGUCCGUUAUUCCCUCAACUGAGUGAGGAUGAAAUCCGGGAGCUGACUCUUGGUGUAUACCAGGUUAAAUUGGCCCGCUCUUACACCCAAGAACAUUGUAGUCAUGAUGGAAGUUAUGACAUUCUUGUAAACAGUGACGUUCCAAUGAUCCUUUCUGCAAAAAUACAGAGUCGCCACAUCUCUGCCAAAAGCUACAAGCUUUGGAUCAAGUACAGCUGCAGUAUUGUUGAAGGGUGGUAUUGCACAUGUAAAAACGGAAGUAGAGUGGUGGGCAUGUGUGCUCACAUUACAAGUGUGAUAUGGUAUCUUUCUUAUAUGCGACAUGAAGCCAGCCCGUUCAAGGGCAUUCCAAACUGGGCAGACACCAUCGAGGAUGCUUCAAGGAUUCCAACAAUUGACGAAUCGGACAGUGAUGACCCAGAGGAAUAACAAUUUUUAUUAUGCAUCUAAUUAUUAUCAUUAAUUAUUUUAAUCUUUUAAAUCAUUACUUCAUCAUUUGGGACAUGCUCUGUGACACAGUGAAACGUUCCGUAGAACGCUUUGGGUCUGUUAUACAUGAAUGUAUGUUAUCAAUUUGUGCAUUUCUUAAUUGAUUUUCCAAAAUGUUUAAUGCUUUUAAUCAAUAUUUUACCCUAAAGAAAAGAUCAACUGAUUCAUUUUUAAUUCGCUUAAUUGUGCAUAUUUUCUAUCAUAAAUAAUAUAUUAAAGUUCGCUUUAAUUUUGUAAAUUUUCUUUUUCUUUAGGGUGGGAGGGUCCGGUGAAGUUGAAUGUUAUAAACUGUGAAACCCUCUUCACUUUUAAAAAAGCCUAUUCCAAUAAUUGACGACGAACCUCUUCACUUUUAAAACGCAUAUUCCAAUAAAAGACAUCGAAAAGAAAAACAUGAGAUAAGAAAAAACAGCCCAUAGAUUUCAUUAUUAAUAGUUUAAAAAAGUUUGUCGCACAUAUCGUUUCACUAUAUAUAUAUAAACAAUACUUAGAUUUAUGAAAAUGAUAUUGAAGAUGAAAUUUAACAGAAAGAAAAUGAAAUAAAUAAAGAAGCCGAUAAUGAUAAUUAUUGUUUUCCUUGAAUUCGUUUAUGACGUCAAUAUUUUAAAUUCUGAAAGUACGUCAUAACGUCAUCGGAAAACUAUAAACGACGCUAUGUUUGAGGGACUAUACAAUGAAAGCGAUUAAAGAUAUUCAUAAAAAACAAACUGUUUCACAACCAGCAUAUUGUCAAGGUAUCCCGUAUUAAAUUUUAUUAAUUUCGGUUACAGGGCCGAUUUUG